AUGUCUGCUCAUCAAUUACUCAUAAUCGUCUGCUUUCUGCUGAAUUUUGUCAUCAGCUUUUCGAAUUUUGAUCCCAAUACACUUGUGCUGCAAACAAAAUUAGGAUUUUUACGUGGAACACAAGUGAAGGCUUUUCCCAGCAACGAGACAAUCACCGCUUUUUUAGGCAUUCCUGUAGCUGAAACAACUGGCGGAGAAAAUCGAUUCAAAAAGCCGAUCGCUUUACGUGACUGGAAGGGUUUACAGGAGGCGACCAGCUAUCGAGUGGCCUGUGUGGCCGAUCCGCCUUUAACUUAUAAAAACGAUGAUGGCGGACCGGUAGGCGAGGAUUGUCUUCAUUUGAAUAUUUUCACAAAUGAUUACUGCUUACGUACGGGCGGUUGUGCAGUGGUGGCAAUUGUACAUGGAGGAAAAUUUAACUUCGAGUCGCCGGUGAUUUUCCCGAAAGAAGUCGUCGCAAAUAAUUUCCCGGCACAAGGGAGAAAUGUGAUAGCUGUGACGCUUUCGUUUAGGCUUGGUUCUUUCGGCUCUCUGAACAUUGCUCCAGGAAUCGACUGUUCUGCUGAUCGAAAUAUUGCUUUACAUGAUAUCUUAUUUCAUCUGAAAUGGAUGAAAGAUCAUAUCACUAGCUUUGGAGGUGAUCCGGCUCGAGUCACGCUAAUGGGACACUCAUCGGGUGCUGGUCUAGUAGAUUUGGUAUCUUUGAGUCCAGCAUCAGAAAAUCUCUUCAAUCAAGUGAUCUUAAUGAGUGGUCAGGCAUCGCUUUUUGGAGCAGAAUACAGUCUAACUGAAAACGAGAGAGCAUCGCUGGCAAUUGCAACUCGUGUCGGCUGCUAUAACCCGCUGAAGUUGGCAAAUAAAAUGCUUUCCUAUAAAGUGAAAUCACAUCUAUCGAAAGAGCAAAUCGAAUUGGUGCUGGCUUGUCUACGACGAGUUUCUUAUGAAGAGAUUUUGCAAGCACAAAUCUCUUUGUACAACUCAACGGAAGACUUUUAUGGACCUGGAAUCGAGGGCGCUAAUGGGUUGUUACCAAAACCAAUCUCGCAACUACGGCGUUUCAAGCGUCGAACACUCAUUGGAACGACAACAGCUGAGUCAAAAGAGGGAAGCUAUAUCGAGAAUGAGGAUGGUUCAAUUGAUCUAGUGAAGUUGCGAGAAAUGUGCACUCAUUACGGUUUUGAGAUGGCUUUUGAGGAUCCAUGGAAAUUCGUGGCCAAGUGCCAGGAAUAUUAUUCAAAGUAUGAGAAACCUCGAAAUUUUUAUGAUGAUCUCAACUUUUAUGUUGGUUCAGCUGUGGUGGCUGAUGCUGUUUCAAGGACUGACGCUGAUGUUUUUGUGUACUCGUACUCAUACAAUGGUGCUGGGGCAGCGUUUCGAAAUUGGACCAAUGUCCCUUUGUCGAAAAGACCCUCACAUUCGGAGGAUUAUAUUUAUGUAAUGGGUAUUCAUCGUGGUCCGUUCAUUGCAAAAGACUAUGAGAAUGAGAAAAUCUAUAGUGGAAUGUUGGUGAAGUUUAUCAACGGAGAAAAGCCACAUCCUCGAUGGAAAUCUUGGAAUCGAAAAAAUCGAAAUUAUUUUGAUAUCAAUUUUGAUCGAAAUCUCUGGAGAGAUGGGCCAAAAGAAGGAUAUUACACGAAUGCGAGUCGUUUUUGGAAUGAGAAAAAUCUUGGCCACCAGAUCUCCAUCAAGACUUAUCCGCCUAGUUUCGACACAUUUGGAGCCGAGAAUUUGAUAACCGCUUUGGAAAGUCAUCAUUUGCAAGUAUCAACCGCUCACGAUAAGACAUUAGAUGCUGAAGAAAGGAUCUAUUAUGAAUGGACAGAUUGGCUUAUCAAUCAAAUUACAUUACAUGAGAAUAAAGCCUCGUACAGAGGGUUGAAUGGGACAGAAUUGGUUGAUGGUUUGGCCACCGAAACUCCGGCAAACGAUGAAGGGACGACUUUUUGGACUAUCAUGUUGUACAUUGGAAUCGGCUUCGCUCUUCUCGUCCUCCUCUUUCUUGUUUAUAAAGGCAUUCGAAAGUUGUUAGAGACGCGCAAAAGAUAUGAUUAUUAUGAGCUUUUAAAU